AUGAAUGCCGCCGAACCAAAUGUGCAUGCUCACGGACGAGUCCAUCCUGCGAACAGUGCCGCCAGAGGGGUUUCAUCUGCACCUACCCCGAGCAGAGAGAAUUUUCAAGGAGAAUCACGUCUGGAGUGCCGAGACACGUGGUGCCUUCGCCCGCCGACAUUCCUAGCCCCCUUGCCCAAGCAACUCCGACACCACCGGCUCCAUGCUGACUCAAUCCCGCACGACGUGGGUUUGCUACGGUCUCUGAUUGACAACUACUUUGAUCAUGUCCACCCGUUGAGGUGUCUGGGCUUCAUCCACAAGCCGACCUUCGUAUAUGCCCUGGAGAGGCGUGCUCUGACAGAUGAGUAUGAUGAAGCAUUGGUCUACAUUAUGUGUGCUUUCGGCGCAAAGUACAUGUCCUGGGGGGCUCAUCAGCCUCUAUGCAUUUCCGACGACGAAGCCGAUGUCCCUGGCGCACAGUGGGCGACAAAGGCAAGAGAAAUGGCAAUGAAAGAAAUGGCCGUCCCCUCCUUGCAAAAUCUCAUGGCCUUGAUCCUCAUCUCAGAGUACGGUGCGGGUGCUAGCGGAAACGCUACUGCCUUCGUUCUGGCUGGUUGUUGCCACCGCCUGGCUCGUCUCCUUGGACUUGAUGCCACGCCUAAGUCGAGUGUGCAGUCUGCCUCCGAAGCCUGCGAACGAGAGAGCCGGAGGAGACUUAUGUGGUCAUGCUUUGUCCUUGAUGGCAUUGUUGGCUCGGGGGUCGAUACGCACAAUUUAUCCAAGGACUCACUCCCGAAAAUCCCUCUCCCGAGCUCCGAAUUCGACUUCUUGUCCCAGGUUUUAAGUGAAGAACAGAAUCAACCAAGGCUCGAGAGCAUGGAAAAUCCAGAAGUGAUCCAGACUGUUGACUACAGAGCCCAAAUCAUCUACCUUUUCCAACUCCGCACUCAGGUCCUAAGGUUAAUCAGAACACCGCUCCCUGCUGGUCAAGUGCAAACUCCAGACUCCCCCUUUGUCGACUUACGCAACCGGCUGGAUUCAUGGUAUGAGAACAUCCCCCCGAAACUUCGCAUCACCGAUCUCAACAUCUAUAUUCUCAAGGAGUUGAACAUGCUGGGACCAGUCUUCGCCCUUCACCUGCUCUAUCACACGGCUGUAUCCGACCUGACGCGUGUGUCCCUUCCCGGGUUUAACUUUCCUCUCGCCGCCACCUUUGCGGAGGUUUCUGAAGAUUUCCGUCAGGAAUGCCGGCACCGUUGCCGCCGCCAUGCUGAUGAAAUCUCGCGGCUGAUCGAUAUUGGACUCAAGCACGGAACUCGACCUUUUGAUGACCCUUUUUGCUUCACCGCCGCCUACGAAACGACAAAGAUACAGAUCAUCCACUCCACAACAACAGAGCCCCGUGGGCAAAGGGAGAGAAGCGAAGCAGAAGCAAAUAUCCGCCACAACACCGAUCUCAUGACUUUAAUGGGCCGAGAUGGCUCUCAUGCUCACGUUCGCCCACUCCUCGCCCUCCUGCAUCGCUUUGGGUUCUCCAAGAUCGCUGCUGAGUGGGCUCCUAGGUUCCGGGCCGAUGAAAUCGACAAUUUUGAGAUAUCUGGGCCCGUAGAUUCUAACCACUUGUCCAAUGUUUCUAUACUCAGGAUGGCUCGCGCGGAAAUGCACCGCCACCGAAGCCAGAGUUCCCAAAAGCCUGCAUCUCGGGGUAGCAUGAAUACACCCGAAGCCGAAAAUGCUCAUGGAUCAAGCGGCAUGGAGCAAGCACAGAGUCCAGUGCCCGGCGACAGACGCUAUCACCGGAGAGAGUCAAGCACCAGGGCCGGAAUGGCUGACGCCGGUAGAUCUCAUUCUCCUUUGGAUCAUCCGACUUCUCCAUCCCAGUACAUGGCCGGGCUACCUCGCCCAACAGGUUUUGCUCCUGCAGCUGGAUUUUGCACCAAUGCCCGACAAGACUACAGCAUGGGCAACACCAAUACCGAGCAGCCUUACAACCACGCCCCUGCAGGUCCCAUGGAAUCCGCUGGCAUCUUUCAAGAUACGAACUGUUUCCUCGACCCUUCUGUGUCGGACGACUUUGCGGACAGUUACGCAAAAUUGGCAAUGGAGAUGUCCGACUACAUCACCUGGGAUGCCGCGGAUUAUACUCCAUGGUUGACGCCCAACUCUGACCCGACGUCACAGGAGACACGGAGUAUACAGUACGGCGACCCUAGGCCUUCUGUGCCCGGAUAG